AUUAGGGGAGUGUGGAAUAAUUGGCGCCGAGCAAAUCCUACAGGCUUCUUGACUCCAUGGCAGUGAAUGUUCGUGCAGCAGUAUAUGUAGUGCUGUGAAAGACGACCGGUGUUUUUGUGCAUCGCUGUCUGGUCUUCAGUCUCAGCAAGCUUUCUUGUGGCUGACCACUAGCCUUCCUACCUUCGCUUCGUUCUUCCUUUUCUCAACCGUUAUGCUUCUCAAGUCCGCUCUUCUGGCUGCGGCCUCCCUUUCAACCUCGGUGCUGGCCACCUUUGGUGUCACUAAGUCUGGUAGCAACUUUGUUGUUGAUGCUGGCUCGAGCAAUGCUUUGGUUUUUACUGUCGAUGGCGCGAACUGCGAUAUCACGUCGAUCAAAUACCGCGGCGAGGAGUUCCAGUAUGCUUCGAAGGGGUCGCACAUCUCUUCUGGUCUUGGAUCAGCCACAGUCUCGUCUACAAUCAUUGGCACGACUGCAAAGAUCACCUGCACAACCUCUACUUUGACCCACUACUAUGUCGUCAAGUCUGGGGAUUCGACCAUCUACAUGGCCACUUACACCACUGCUGAGCCGAGCAUCGGAGAGCUGCGCUUCAUCGCUCGUCUCAACCCAACGACAUUGCCUUCCGAGUACCCCUUCGGUGUUGUGUCGACGACUGCUGGCUCGAGCUCAACUGUCGAGGGUUCGGAUGUGUUCGUCGUCGAUGGACAAACUCGAUCGAAGUUUUACUCGAGCGAGCGUUUCAUCGAUGACUCCAGGCAAUGCGUGUACCGUGGAGAGGACGUUCACGUCUGCAUGCUGCUCAACUCCCAGUCCUACGAGGCUUCCUCUGGCGGUCCCUUCUUCCGCGACAUCAACUCGAAUAACGCCGGCGACUCUACCAACCUAUACUUUUACAUGAACUCUGGUCACGUCCAGACCGAGAAGUUCCGCAUGGGUCUCCACGGUCCGUACGCGAUGGCCUUCACCCGCAGCGGUAUCCCGUCUGGUGGCUCGUCGCUCGACACCUCCUUCUUCAAGGAUCUCUCCAUCACCGGUUACGUUGCCGACUCUGGCCGUGGAAAGGUCACAGGUACUGCGACUGGCGUUGGGACCAGCUUCCAGAAGGUCCUGCACUGGUACAACGAUGAUGCGCAGUACUGGGUAUACGCCGACAGCGCCGGCAUAUUCACUUCGCCUUCUAUGAAGCCCGGAACAUACACUCAGGUCCUCUACCAGGGUGAGUUCAAGGUCAAGGCUGCUAGUGUCACUGUCAAGGCCGGCUCAACUACCACCGCCAAUAUCGCCGCUGAUACCGAGACCAAGACAUCUGUCUGGCGCAUCGGCGAAUGGGACGGCACCCCCAAGGGCUUCAGGAACGCCGCCAACCAGCUGCGCAUGCACCCCACAGACUCCCGCAUGGAAUCAUGGGGACCGCAGACCUACACUGUCGGCUCGAGUAGUCUUGGAAAUAUACCAAUGGCCCUCGUCAAGGACACUAACCAACUCACCAUCAAGUUCACCGGCGCCACCGGCUCGACUCUUCGCAUCGGGACUACCCUCGCGUUCGCUAGCUGCCGUCCCGGUGUUGUCGUGAACUCCUGGACUGCUACUACUCCUGCUGCGCCGACCAAGAUUGACUCCAGAGGUCUGACACGUGGUGCGUACCGUGGCUUUGGCGAAGUGUACAACUUCGAUAUCCCGUCUGGUACUCUGACGAGCGGGACGAACACUAUCACUAUUACUUGCGUUAGUGGUAGCACCGGUGAUGGCUUCCUUGCACCGAACAUUAUCCUCGAUGCGAUAGAGUUGUUUAAGUGAGUCUGGGGGCUUGUGUGGUGUCGUGGCUUUGACCGAGGGACACACUUGGCAGCCUGUCUGAGACUUGCUUUAGUCGUUUA